AGCGCAUGCUCCGCGGCCCGGGCCCGCUGCCGUGCCGGGACCGCCGCCCUGCUCCUGCCCCUACCCGGUUGUGGCUGCCCCCAGCUCGGCUCUCGAACAGCCCCGGCCGCCCCCAGCCCCGCGGGGGCAGCGGGAGAGGGGAGCGGCCGCCUGAGGCGCUGGAGGAGGCGCCAGGUACAAGUUGCUCUUGGAGAGCGUGAAGAUAAUCUGUUUCAGUCGCGUAGAGGAUCAGACAGUCACAUAAAUGCAGUAUCUAAAUGUAAAAGAAGAUUGCAAAGCCAUGGCUUUCUGUGCAAAAAUGAGGAGCACAAAGAAGAGCGAAGUAAACCUGGAAGCUCAGCAUCAGGGUUUAGAAAUACUCUUCUACCUGCAAGAUGAAGAUCCCAUUCGGUAUACCAGUGGCGAGUUUACCUCGGAAGAGUUGUGCAUUGAAGCCGCCCGGAAGUGUUCUAUAUCUCCUCUGUGCCAUAAUCUCUUUGCACUGUUUGAUGAGAACAAAAAGCUCUGGUAUGCACCAAACCAGGUCUUUAAGAUAGAUGAAAAAACUUCUCACCGGCUGCAUUAUCGGAUGAGAUACUACUUUACAAACUGGCAUGGGACUAGUGAAAAUGAACCCUCCGUGUGGAGGCAUUCACCAAAGAAGUCAAAAAACUCUUAUGAGAAGAAGCAUGUUCCAGAAGGAACCCCGAUCCUUGACGCAAACUCAUUAGAAUACAUCUUUGCACAGGGUCAAUAUGACUUAGUGAAAGGCCUAGCACCAAUCCGUGACCCUAAAAAUGAUCAAGAAGUUCAUGAAAUUGAAAAUGAAUGCCUGGGAAUGGCUGUCCUUGCAAUCUCUCACUAUGCCAUCAACAAAAAGUUGAAACUUCCAGAGCUUCCCAAAGACAUCAGUUACAAGCAUUAUAUUCCCGAAACUUUGAACAAGACGAUCAGACAAAGGAAUUUCUUAACCAGGAUUCGGAUAAAUAAUGUUUUCAAGCAUUUCCUUAAAGAGUUUAACAACAAAACCAUUUGUGACAGUAGUGUGUCUCCACGCGAUCUGAAAGUUAAGUACUUAUCAACAAUGGAGACUUUGACUAAACAUUAUGGAGCAGAAAUUUUUGAGACUUCAUCUCUGCUGAUUUCAUCUGAGAAUGAAAUAAAUAGAUUUAAUUGUGGUGACAACGAAAUCCUUCCACUAUAUGAAGUCAUCGUGACAGGAAACAAUGGAAUUCAGUGGAGGCUCAAGCCAAAUUCUGUACAGACAGAGAAAGAGAAGAAGAAAAAGUCUGAUGGCAAAACCAAAAAGGAAGAAGAAAAACACAAAAUUCGAGACUUAUGGAACAAUUUUUCCUAUUUCCCUGAAAUCACCCACAUUGUCAUCAAGGAGUCUACUGUGAGCAUUAACAAGCAGGAUAACAAAAGGAUGGAGUUAAAACUGUCCUCACAUGAUGAGGCCUUGUCAUUUGCAUCGCUGAUAGAUGGAUACUUCAGACUUACAGCAGAUGCCCACCAUUAUCUCUGCACAGAUGUGGCUCCCCCACUGAUCGAGCACAACAUAAAAAAUGGAUGCCACGGACCCAUUUGCACCGAGUAUGCCAUCAACAAACUUCGACAGGAAGGAAAUGAAGCAGGAAUGUACGUGUUGAGAUGGAGCUGCACGAACUUUAACCACAUCCUCAUGACAGUGACUUGUUUCGAAGGCUCAGAGAUGAUGAAUAGUUCAAUCCAGUACAAGAACUUCCAGAUUGAGGUGAAAAAAGGCGGGUACUUCCUACAUGGUUCAAACAAAUCUUUCGCAUCCCUAAAAGAGCUGAUGGAUCACCUUAAAGGACAAAUACUUCGGACAGACAACAUAAGCUUUACACUGAAGAGGUGCUGCCAACCAAAACCGAGAGAGAUCUCCAACUUGCUAGUUGCAACCAAGAAGGCUCAGGAAUGGCAGCCUGUUCAUCAUCUGGGGCAGCUGAGUUUCCAUCGAAUCCUCAAAGAAGAAAUUACGCAGGGUGAACAUCUUGGAAGAGGGACAAGAACACAGAUUUACUCAGGGAUUCUCAACUACAAAGAUGAUGAGAAUGAAGGAUAUCAAAAUGAGAAAGAGAUUAAAGUUCUCCUCAAAGUCUUGGAUCCCAGCCACAGAGACAUUUCUUUGGCAUUCUUUGAAACAGCGAGCAUGAUGAGGCAGGUUUCCCACAAGCACAUCGUCCUCCUCCACGGAGUCUGUGUCCGGGAUGUAGAAGAUGUCAUGGUUGAAGAGUUUGUUGAGUUUGGGCCUCUGGACUUGUUUAUGCAUCGGAAAAGUGAACUCCUGACAACUCCUUGGAAAUUCAAAGUAGCCAAGCAGCUUGCAAGUGCACUAAGCUACCUGGAGGAUAAGGAUUUGGUACAUGGAAAUGUGUGUACUAAAAACAUCCUACUGGCAAGAGAGGGAAUUGAUACUGAAUAUGGUCCUUUCAUAAAGCUGAGCGACCCAGGAAUACCAAUAACCGUGCUGUCCAGACAAGAAUGUGUCGAGCGAAUCCCCUGGAUUGCACCUGAGUGUGUUGAAGACUCCAAAAAUUUAAGCGUUGCAGCAGAUAAGUGGAGCUUUGGUACAACGCUGUGGGAAAUCUGCUAUAAUGGAGAAAUACCACUGAAAGACAAGACAUUAGCAGAGAAGGAGAGGUUCUACGAGGGGCAUUUCGUGUUGGCAACACCAUCAUGCAAGGAGCUGGCUGACCUGAUGAAACAGUGCAUGAAUUAUGAUCCCCAUCAGAGACCCUUCUUCAGAGCAAUCAUGAGAGACAUCAACAAGCUGGAGGAGCAAAAUCCUGAUAUUGUCUCAGAGAAGAAGCCCGUUACAGAGGUCGACCCCACGCUCUUUGAAAAACGAUUCUUGAAGAGAAUCCGUGAUUUGGGAGAGGGCCACUUUGGCAAGGUUGAACUGUGCAGAUACGAUCCAGAAGGUGACAAUACAGGAGAACAAGUGGCAGUUAAAUCUCUAAAGCCGGAGAGCGGAGGGAAUCACAUCGCUGACCUCAAGAAGGAAAUAGAAAUCUUGAGGAAUCUUUAUCACGAGAACAUUGUCAAAUAUAAGGGAAUUUGCACAGAAGACGGAGGAAAUGGGAUUAAACUCAUCAUGGAAUUUCUUCCUUCUGGGAGCUUAAAGGAGUAUCUGCCACGGAACAAGAACAAAAUCAGUCUCAAACAACUUCUCAAAUACGCAGUUCAGAUCUGCAAGGGAAUGCACUAUUUGGGAUCCCGUCAGUAUGUACAUCGUGACCUAGCAGCAAGAAAUGUCCUUGUUGAAAGUGAGAACAGAGUGAAGAUUGGUGAUUUUGGUCUCACCAAAGCAAUUGAGACUGAUAAGGAGUACUACACUGUCAAGGACGACCUCGACAGCCCUGUUUUUUGGUAUGCUCCAGAAUGCUUGCUUCAGAGCAAAUUUUACACCGCUUCAGACGUCUGGUCGUUUGGGGUGACACUGUAUGAGCUGCUAACCUACUGUGACUCGGAGUCCAGCCCCAUGGCAGAAUUCUUGAAAAUGAUUGGCCCCACGCAGGGUCAGAUGACAGUAGCACGGCUCGUGCGCGUCUUACAAGAAGAAAAGCGUUUGCCACGUCCUCCCAACUGCCCAGAAGAGGUUGACCAGCUGAUGAGGAAAUGCUGGAUAUUCAAGCAUGAUAAACGGACAACCUUUCACAACCUGAUUCAAGGAUUUGAAACAAUUAUGAGCAAAAUAUAAUUAUUUUUUUUAUAAUGUCAGUGCUUUAAAUGUGUGUCAAGAUAUAAAUGCCCAGACCUUUCAUUUUUUAACUACUGUAAUUUGUAUUCUGACUGUGCUAAUGUGUUCAAAGGAUUAUUUUUCCAACAGGUUUCCUUUUUUAUUUAGUCAACAGUUGGAUCAAAUUGAUUUAAAAGGUAUGGCAGAAACAAUAGCUUCAACUCCUUUUACGCCGGUUACUGCAACACCGUUUCACCUCUAUUUAAUUUUGGUCUCGCUGCAAUUUGAACUGUCCAGAUAAACGUGAGCUGAAAGAGCAGUGUCAAAAAAUGCUACAGUUCUCAGUGCAUGGAUCUCAGUGCAACAUGUAGCAUUUAAAACAAGUCUGUGGUUCACAUUUAUUCUGUGAACCUAGUGGCCAUAAUAGAACUUACAAUUUUAAUGGCGUUUUUGAGGAAGCUUUUAGGAAAUUUUGGCUGAGGUGCACUUACAUUUCAGUAACAAAAAAACAACUUGGGCGCAAAAAUUCAGAGAAAGCAGUAACAUAACUCUUCUUAAGCCAUUUGCAGUUCUGCGCUCUCAAUCAUAUUUUUAAAAAAGCUUCACCAUCAUGUUUCAAAAAGGAGAAAAAAAAAAGCAUGAAUCAGCAGGUAUAGUUAUGUGUUUCUUUGAGAACCCCCCAUCAUCUCUGGAUAAAUGCAUUUGCUUUUCCUAACCCGUCUGCCCCCCAUUACCCAUUUCUACCCCCUGAAGCUUCCACCAGUUAUGUAGCUGUUAACCAUGCCAACAUGUUGAUCUUCAGCUUGUGUUGCAAGUGAGCCACAGUGCACGGUGUGGGGAAAUGUAUGCAGGAAAACCUAUAACUACUUUGGGGAUAGAAAAGAAAAUUAAGCCAUGUACAGAUGGGGGGGAGAUAUUCCCCCAGCAAAGAAUAAUUUUGUAAAGGAGAGGAUUGAACAAGAGGGAACUGUCCCUAGGAGAGGGAAAGAACACCUCAGGCACAAAAAAUAGGUGUCUUGUUAUCAGCAGUGCCAUCACGGGAGUGCACACUGUACUCUUUGUUUUGUUUUUUUGUCAGUUUUGGCCAGCACGUUAAUUCAUUUUAGCAGUUUUUCAACAAAGCUGCUCCCUUGAUGUAAGGUGAUUAUGCUUUAAA